AUGAUAGGCCUUGGUCGUAUCCUCGUUUCUCUGCUCUCAUUCUCUGCCCUCCAUGUACACGCGACACAGGUUAUGCACAGACCUGAACGAUUCAACACUACGCCUCCCGCAGUGACUACCGAGACGAACCCAGAGACACAUGUUAUCCAGAAACGAGCUACAACUAAGACACAAGUCGCUUACUUUACCAACUGGGGUAUCUAUGCAGCCAAUUUUCAGCCCACCGACAUCAUUCCAUCAACUCUCACUCACAUUCUUUACGCAUUUGCUGACGUCAGCCCUGACACUGGUGCAAUAUCUCUCACUGACUUAUACGCCGACGAGCAGAAACACUUCGCCACUGACUCGUGGGAUGAGACCGGGAACAAUCUUUAUGGCUGCCUGAAACAGAUGUAUCUUCUCAAGUUGGCCAAUCGAAGCUUGAAAGUUUUGCUUUCCAUCGGUGGCUGGACUUACUCCCAAGAAGGACACUUUGAUUUCGUUACCGAUGCAACCCUAAGGGCCAACUUUGUGACUCAAGCGGUGUCCUACAUUGAGAACUUUGGUUUCGAUGGGAUUGACCUGGACUACGAGUAUCCAGCGAACACAGCGCAAGGACAAGGAUUUUCCGAUCUCAUCACCGAGUUGCGUACUGCUUUCAACAAUUUGGCUGCUCAAAAGGGAGAUUCAACACCAUAUGAGUUGACUGCUGCGGUGUCUGCUAAUGCGUCAAAUUAUCAAUGGCUGAAUAUUCCACAAGUGGACGCCGCGCUCACGUACUGGAAUUUAAUGGCCUAUGAUUAUGCAGGAUCGUGGUUGAGCUGGUCCGACAACCAAGCAAAUCUCUACGAUGGACAGCGUACUGGCAUCAAUACUGAUAUGGCAGUCAAAGGCUAUAUCGCAGCGGGCGCAACUGUCAGCAAAAUUAAUUUGGGUAUUCCAAUCUACGGACGCGCUUUCGAAGAAACAUCGGGCCUUGGACAACCGUACAACGGAAUUGGCCCUGGAACAUUUGAGGCGGGCGUCUAUCAGUAUAAAGUCCUUCCCCUGGCGGGCGCCUCAGUAUUCGAAAAUACAACCGAUGUGACCAGUUACUCUUACAACCCAACUACAGAAGAACUAGUUUCUUACGAUACUCCGAACAUUGUCAAAAUGAAGGCUCAGUAUGUCAACGCGAACGGCCUCGCAGGUGCUAUGUACUGGGACUUGAUACGUAUCAAUUAUGCAGACACUGCCGACGCGUCAACCUCCCUCGUUCAAAACGUUUUGACCGAAUUCUCAACACUUGACGAUACAUUGAAUCAUAUCGACUAUCCUGACAGUGAAUGGGACAACAUCAAGUCAAAUAUCACCGGCUCUUCUACUACUGCCCCAACUUCGACGUCUACUACUUCUGCUUCAUCAUCCUCCACAGGAACCGGUACUACCACUUCCACAGGGGCCUCACCCACCGGUGCUUGUGGUUCCGCUGCAGCAUGGUCUUCCGCUAUUGCUUACGAUGGAGGUUCUGAAGUGACGUACGAUGGUCAACUUUGGGAAGCUCAAUGGUGGACCGAAAACGAUACCCCAGGUGGAGCAGGUGAGUUGAUAUCAGUUUGUUCAGGCGAUUGA